UCUCAUUAUUGGCCCUUUCUUUCUCCACAUCUUCAGCCACUGGCUUGGACCUAGACUCAGGAUCCUGUCAGCUCCGGGGCCACUUCAGGCUAAAUGGGAUGCACCAGGAUGGAGACCUUAUUCUGGGAGGCCUAUUUGAGGUCCACUUUCUUACUGUGUUUCCAGAGUUGAGCUUCACAAGUGAGCCAGAACAACCCUAUUGUGAACAGUUUGACAUGGCAAGCUUCCAGCAGGCAAUGACUAUGGUUUUUGCUAUUGAUGAGAUCAAUAGAAAUCCCAACCUGCUUCCUAACAUCAUGCUGGGCUACCAUCUGUAUGAUAACUGUGUGAAGCUUGCUGUGGCAUUUCGGGCAGCCACAGCCCUGAUCAGUGGAACUGAUGAAACUGCCUCCAACCUGAACUGCACCAGUUCUCCCCCGGUGAUUGGGAUAGUGGGGGACCCGGGUUCCACUCAUUCUAUUGCUAUCUCUAGUGUGCUGGGGUUGUUUCGGGUGCCCAUGGUGAGCUACUUUGCCACUUGCUCCUGUCUCACUGAUCGGCAUCAGUUCCCCUCGUUUUUCAGGACAAUCCCCAGUGACGCCUUUCAGGUGCGUGCCAUCGUCCAAAUCCUGAAACGCUUCGGUUGGACCUGGGUGGGCCUGGUGUACAGCAAUGAUGACUAUGGUAUCUAUGCUGCACACUCCUUCCACCAGGAUGUUCAGGAACAGCUGGAUGGCUGUGUAGCUUACUCUGAGAUGCUGCCAAGGGACAACAACCGUAGAGAUGUGGAGCGUAUUGUCAGAGUGAUCAAAACCUCCACAGCCAAGGUGGUGGUGGUGAUUUCUACCGAGGCCUACUUGUUGCCACUAAUGGAUGAAGUGUCUCUGAGAAAUGUAACUGGAAAGCAAUGGAUUGCUAGUGAGGCCUGGGCUACUUCGCCCAUCUUCCUCACACCACGCCUGCUACCAUUCCUUGGAGGAACUCUAGGAAUUGCCAUCCGUCGUGGAGAGAUUGCAGGGCUUCGGGACUUUCUGCUACACUUGCGCCCUGACAUGCAACCCACAAACAACAUGGUGCAGAUCUUCUGGGAGGAGAUGUUCGGAUGCAGGUUUGAUUCAGAUGGCACGCAGACUGCCAGGGAAGACGAAAUAAUAUUGUGCACAGGGAAUGAAGAUCUGAGCAGCACAAAUACAGCAUACAGUGAUAUGUCUGAACUAAGAGCUUCUUAUAAUGUAUAUAAAGCAGUUUAUGCACUAGCUCAUGCCCUGCAUGACCUCACACAGUGUCAGGAGGGCAAAGGGCCCUUUAGUGGUCACAGCUGUGCCAGAAUAUCUACCCUACAGCCUUGGCAGGUUGUCCAUUACCUACAGAGUGUGAAUUUUACCACUGGCUUUGGAGACCAUGUAUCAUUUGACAAGAAUGGUGAUCCUUUGGCUAUCUAUGAUGUCAUGAACUGGCAGCCAAACCUGGAUGGGUCAAUCAGGGUCCACACAGUUGGUGUGGUGGAUGAAGCUGCACAGACAGACCAUGUCCUUACAUUGAAUGAGGAUGCUCUGUUCUGGAACUUUGAUACAAAGAAACCACCGAGGUCUGUGUGCAGUGAAAGCUGCCCUCUGGGAACCAGAAGAGCCAGAAAGAAAGGCAUGCCCAUCUGCUGCUUUGACUGUCUGCCCUGUGCUGAUGGAGAGAUCAGCAACACAACAGAUUCUAUUGAAUGCACCGCAUGCCCUGAUGAGUUCUGGUCCAGCCCAGAGAAGGACCGUUGUGUCCCAAAGGAGGUGGAGUUCUUGUCCUAUGAAGAGCCACUGGGCAUCUCCUUAACAACAGCUUCCCUGUUCGGCACCUGCUUCUGCACUGGGGUUCUGGGUGUGUUUGUGCAUCACCGCCACACCCCUGUAGUCCGGGCCAACAACUCUGAGCUGAGUUUCUUGCUGCUCCUGUCACUCAAACUGUGCUUCCUUUGUGUGUUGCUGUUCAUUGGCCAGCCUCAGCUGUGGACAUGCCAACUGAGGCAUGUGGCAUUUGGUAUUAGCUUCGUAUUGAGCGUCUCCAGCAUCUUGGUCAAAACCAUGGUGGUUGUGGCUGUGUUUAAGUCUUCUCGGCCAGAAGGCCAAAAUGCUAUGAAGUGGUUUGGAGUGGCCCAACAGCGAGGUACUGUGCUGGUCCUCACAGCCCUCCAGGUGGUUAUAUGUACAGUCUGGCUGGCUACAGCAUCUCCCACACCCCACAAAAAUACUCGCUAUAUCAGCUCAAAAAUAGUCUAUGAAUGUGCUGUGGGUUCUGUCAUGGGGUUUGCAACUCUAUUAGGCUACAUUGGCCUGCUGGCUGCUGUAAGCUUUCUUCUGGCUUUCUUAGCGAGGAACCUUCCAGAUAACUUUAACGAGGCCAAAUUCAUCACUUUCAGCAUGCUGAUAUUCUGUGCCGUGUGGAUCACCUUUGUGCCUGCAUACGUCAGCUCUCCAGGGAAGUAUUCUGUGGCUGUAGAGGUCUUUGCUAUCUUGGCAUCUAGUUUUGGGCUGCUGGUAGCCAUAUUUGCUCCAAAGUGCUACAUUAUACUCUUGCACCCUGAACGGAAUACCAAAAAGGCCAUCAUGGGUCGACCACCACAAAACAAAUAGCGAUAAAAUAUAUAUUGUUUAAUAAUUAUAUAUUAUUCAACUGUUUGCAUAAUAUGAUGUCUUAUUUAAAGAUUCAUGAAUUACUGUGUGUUGGAUACUGAGAAGAGAAGA